AUGAACGGCUUCUUUCCUGACUAUGAUUCUCACAUCGGGCGCUUGACCGUUGGCGUCCACCGUCUUGACCGAAAGAAUGUCAGCAGUGCCUUCUUCCCGUUGCGUCCUGCCUUUGGCACCGACGGGACCAAGGUGAUCGUUUGGGCAACUAUUUCCCCAUCUCUGUCGGCAAAUCGACUUUCAUGGAGCGUGCUGCCCGAUGAUCGACUGGGAAUUCCGGCACUGCGCGCUCGUAUCCAGGAGCUCCUCAUGAGUCGCACGAAGAGCGAGACCCCCAAAAGGGCUCUGCUCGGCAAGAUCGCAUCUCGCAUGCAGGGACUCCUCAUGAGCCGCACGAAGAGCGAGAUCCCACGGUCAAGUUCAGCGAUCCAGACACGCAGCAUCAGGACAUUGACCUACAAUCGGGCGGAGCAACCCAGCAGCGUGCCCUUCCCUGACGCGGAUGAGGAUGCAAAAAUGCAGUGGAAGCGCCUCAACAUGAAACCGGCCCUCCUCAUCAGAGAAGAGCUUGACCUCAAGAAUCGGGCAGGUUUCUCCAGCCAUGCGAGCACCCCAGCAGCGUGUCUUUCCCUGACGCACUCGAAGCGCCCUGAUCCCACGGUCAAGUUCAAGAUCCAGACACGCAGCAUCAGGACAUCGAGACAGAAUCGGGCGAAUUUCUCCAGCCAAGAUGACCAGCUCUCGCGCUCUGAUAGCUCGUCGAAGUACUCGAGCUACUCGACAUACUUCAGCACGCAUGGCGGUCAUGCCAAUGAGAGUGACGGGACCACUCCGUUUGGCUUUGCCGGCGUUCCCAAUCUCCAAUCGCCAACAUUUUCCGUAUUCGACGAGGCUGCCUUGGACACGAAUACAUUCAUGACCACACAACCCAACGGCGUUCCCAAUCUCCAAUCACCAACAUUUUCCGCAUUCAACGAGGCUGCCUUUGGCAUGAAUACAUUCAUGACUGCCGACGGCCAGUCUGCUUGUCCCAACUCCCUGGACGAGUGGCACGACCGCAUCCACCACCAAGUCUGA